AUGGCCUUGGAUAAGCCAGAGAUCAUGGACUUUGUCACUCGGUAUCAGAACUUGCAGGGUUACCAGAACGCCAGCGACCAGUUGAUGAAGGACCUUUUGAUAUACUGCAAAGAAAUUCAGGGCCAAUAUGCCGAUGAAAAUCAGAUACUCAAGCAGGAGCUGCGCAAUGCAAAGCUCGACCUCGAGCAUGCUACCACUUCCAGAAGAGAGAUGCAGCAGAUGCUACAAGAGCUUGAUUAUGAUAACAGCUACAUGAAGAAUCGCAAUCCCUACGUCUUGAUUCUAAUUGAUGGAGAUGGACUUCUUUUCCAAGAAUCGUUUAUCAGACAAGGUAUCGAGGGCGGCAAGCAAGCCGCCUACGCCCUCCGAACUGCCGUUGCCGAGUAUGUUGGCAGCCAGUCGGGUGAGGUUGAAAUCGUCGCCAAAGUCUGCGCCAAUCUAUCCGGUCUUGGACGUGCUAUGCGCAGAGAUGGCUGCCUCGAUAGCGAGUCCGAGCUCAGGGAGUUUUCUCUGGGUUUCACACAGGCCAAAGCUUCGUUUGAUUUCAUCGACGUUGGUCACGGUAAGGAACGUGCCGACUCGAAGAUCAAAGAGGCCACCCGCUGGCAUCUGCGAAACUACAACUGCAGACAGAUUUUGCUAGGCAUUUCCCACGAUGCUGGUUAUGCCCCUUUCCUCGAUGAAAUCCUUCAAGAUACAGAUACUCGCUCAAGAGUCAGUCUAAUUGAGGGCGUCGCUACGGUCAGAGAGCUAAAAAACACCAACGUUCAUAUCCUCGACCCGCUACCCAGCCUUUUCCGAAACCAAAAGCUCAUUGAUAGAAGCGGCGACCGCGCUGCUGAACGUGCCGAGGCAUACGCCAGAUCUUCGGCGCAGGCACCAGCGUCGGUACAUUUCUUUCCGGCUCCAUCUAGAGCGUCAACAUCUUCGCCUGUGAUGGUGGCUUCGCCAACCUCACCCCCUGCUACAUUGGCGACGACAGCCUCUUCUUCCUGGGCCGGGGUCACCGCUAAGGCUAGCCCGCCGCCUGUCAUCACCACCCCGUUGGCUAAAAUAUCCGUCAAUGUUCCAGCUCGAAAGGCUCCGGAGCCAAAAGUGGCAACACCGGCAUGGAACCCUGGCGAGCGUGGCUUGGAUCCCCCUAUCCCCAUCAACGCAACAGCCAUGGACAAUAUUAAGAAACGAACAGGUAAGGACAAGCUGUGCAACAACCAUUACCUGCGCGGUCCUUGUGCCAAGGGCGAUGAGUGCUGCUUCGAACACAAAUACAAGCCCAACCCGGAUGAAAUUAACGCCAUUGCCCAUUUGACUCGUCUCAACCCCUGCACCAGCGGUCAGGAGUGUGACGUGGAAAACUGCAUUUACGGACAUCAUUGUCCUAGCGUGACUGGAACCACCUGCACCCACCCGUAUUGCAAGUUCAGAGUUGAGGAUCAUCCACCUGGCACAAAGUUCAAGAAUGCCAAAAUUCACGAAAACUGA